ACGCAUUGUCUGACCAGGGAGGCCUGACACAAUAAGUUGGGCGCGCCGUUGCGAAGGAACGCUAUUCACGCGACAACCAGGAGAGACGCCACUCGCACCGCUACCACUCAGCAAAAAAAUUCACACGCGGCCAACUCACACUCGUGGAUAUACACAUUUAAAUUUCGGAUUUGUUGGAAUUUACUGAAUAAAAUGGCUCAAGUUGCACCUACAGGAGCCCCAACCGAUGCUCCCCCUGCUUAUCCACCUCCCCCUCAGCAGGCACCACCCCCACAACAGCCAGGAUAUGGCCAACCACAACCAGGGUAUGGCCAACCACCACCACAACCAGGGUAUGGCCAACCACCACCACAACCAGGGUAUGGAUACCCUCCUCCUCCUCAAAACAACAACAUGAUGAUGAACAACACCGUGGUCGUCACCGCACCCGCCCCCGCUCCCGCAAACAACGUCGUCAUCAUCAACCAGAAGAAGGACAACUGCUGCAGACAAGCCAUCCCAGCCCUCCACAUCGCCGCCGCUAUCCUAUGUCUUAUUUUCAACAUCUUCUUCCCCGGCAUUGGCACGAUCAUUGCUGGUUUCGCUGUGUUCUGUUGCGGUAACCCCGGAGCGGAUGGAGGAAGCAAGGUGGGGACAAUGUGCAUCAACUUCUGGAUCGGCCUCCUCCAAAUCGGUACCGUUUGGUUCUUUUUCCUUGGCUGGAUCUGGUCCAUCAUGUGGGGCGCUGCUUUCAUCGGCAUGUCAGCUGAUUAUCAUUCCAGUGGAGAUACCACUAUUGUAGCCACUGGUGGCGGAGGAACCACAGUCAUCAACAACUAAACUCGACUUCCAAGACAAAAUGAUAAUAACGCUUCGUGUCUUAAUAUCAUUAUCCUGCACCGACGAUAUCUUGAACUUGAACAAUAAUUGAACCAAGGAAUAUUCGAGGCAAGCACCAUCGCAAGGAACUCAUGUACAGCAAUAAAACGUCCCUUGCAGCUAAACCGUUUAAAAAGAAAAGUCAAGAGUCGGCAAGCAUAUGAGAUGCCAAACGUGUAGUCUGAAACCAGAAACUCUCGCGUGUGAUGUGAAAUUCUUGAGAAUUUCGCAAAUGGUAAAGGUUCUAGAAGUUUGAAAGCCUCGAAAUGAUUUAAUCUCAAAACAGCCAGUAUCAAUAAUGAAGUUUUGACAUUUCGAGGAAGUUUCUUGCCUCGAAAACGGGUUGUCAUUAACAACAACAAAAAUUCCAUGUCGCUGAAGUUUCUGGCUUUACGGUAGUUGAUAACGGGUGUGUUGGACACUGGUUGCGAUGAUUAUACUACAGGCGAACUUGCACAGCAAUUGUAACUAUAGUUGAUCAAAACAUUCCACUGUUCAUUCUAUUUUUGUAACAACAAAGUAAUCAUGAUUUUAAUAUUAGGAUAUGUUUUGGAUCCUCGUAUGGCUGAUCCUCGUAAAAAAAAGAAUAAUUUUAUUUCAAAGGCAACGCUAGUAUGGUGUGUGUCAUAUACAUUUUGUAAAACUUACAUUGGAGAAUAAGGAGGUGAAGUAAGAUGAAUUUUAUGUCAUUUUUUUAAUGUUUUCUUAAACGUUAACGUGAUCAUCGAAGGCUGGAUAACUCCGCUCAUUAUUUAUAAAUCUUGUAAACAUACACGUUUUAUAUGAUGGUACUUCUACAAAAUUUAAGUAUUGUUUUUAACAGGCAUGUUAGUCAAUUCACCUUGAGGUUUCUUUUAAUGAAUGAAUUCCCAUUGAAGCUGCAUAUUUUGUAUUACUUCGUCACACUAUUUCAUGUUUUAACACGGUUUGGAGAGUUUGUUUUUAUAUCGUAUGAUAGUUAAUUUCGUUUAUAUUAUGACAUUCCGUCCAGCCUAAUAUAUUAUUAUUGCUGUUACGGAGAUUAUGAUAUAGUACAGCGGAAAAACAAAUGGCUGAAAAGGAUUUCCCGUAAUUCUCACACGUCUUUCAUGUACAGGUAUGUUUUUAUAAAUAUUGUUUUGAAUGAAGGGAUAUUCAGUUUGUAAAUAUCAAUUAUCCUAUGUUAAAAUAUAAUGUAUCUCUCUGUAA